AUGGCCUGCACCACUGAGGUCCAAGUAGCAUUUAUUCUCUCCUCCUUUGUGACUUUCUUCAUUGGACUCUUCUUCUUAUUCGUGUUCAGGCUACUCUGGAAAGCCAUUAAAAAAUGGCAAAACAUCAAGGCAACAGGAAUUAUCUUGGGACUACUCUUGACCCAAACUGUUGGUAAAAAACAUAGGAAAAGUCUCCACUUACAAGGAUUAUUUCGGAAUCGUAUAGAAAUGUUGCUUUCAGCACAGACCUUCGUGGGGCAAGUGUUGGCAAUCCUUGUAUUUGUCCUAAGCAUUGGGUCUCUUAUAAUCUAUUUCAUCAACUCUUCUGACCCUGUUGGAAGCUGUUCUUCAUACGAAGACAAAACCAUCCCUAUUGAUUUGACUUUCAAUGUAUUCUUUAGUUUCUAUUUUGGGUUGAGAUUUGUGGCAGCAGAUGACAAGAUCAAGUUUUGGUUGGAGAUGAAUUCAAUGGUAGACAUCUUUACCAUUCCACCAACCUUUAUUUCUUAUUAUUUGAAGAGUAACUGGCUAGGUUUAAGGUUCUUAAGAGCUUUGCGGCUGCUAGAGCUCCCUCAAAUCCUGCAAAUUCUCCAAAUCAUCAGGACCAGCAAUUCAGUGAAGUUUUCCAAACUGUUAUCAAUAGUUCUCAGUACCUGGUUCACUGCUGCGGGGUUCAUCCACCUGGUGGAAAAUUCUGGUGAUCCCUGGCUCAAAGGUAGAAAUUCUCAGAAUAUAUCAUAUUUUGAAUCUAUUUACCUGGUCAUGGCGACAACGUCAACUGUUGGCUUUGGAGAUGUGGUAGCCAAGACAUCCCUAGGACGGACCUUCAUCAUGUUUUUCACCUUGGGAAGUUUGGUCCUAUUUGCAAACUAUAUCCCUGAAAUGGUGGAAAUUUUUGCUAACAAGAGGAAAUACACCAAUUCCUAUGAGGUGGUCAAAGGGAAGAAGUUCAUCGUGGUCUGUGGAAACAUUACAGUUGACAGUGUGACGGCUUUCCUGCGGAAUUUUCUCCGGCAUAAGUCAGGGGAAAUCAACAUCGAGAUUGUUUUUCUGGGAGAGGUUCCUCCUUCCUUGGAAUUAGAAACACUAUUUAAAUGUUACAUGGCCUAUACAACUUUUGUUUCUGGAUCUGCACUUAAGUGGGAAGAUCUCAGGCGAGUUGCGGUGGACUCUGCAGAAGCGUGCCUGAUCAUAGCCAACCCUUUGUGUAGUGAUUCACAUGCUGAAGACAUUUCCAACAUUAUGAGGGUACUGUCUAUCAAAAACUACAACCCUAAUACCAGAGUCAUCAUACAGAUACUUCAAUCCCAUAACAAGGUUUUUCUGCCAAAGAUCCCCAGCUGGAAUACUGUAGACAACAUCAUCUGCUUUGCCGAACUGAAGCUUGGAUUCAUGGCCCAAGGCUGUCUGGUGCCAGGCUUGUGCACCUUUCUAACGACUCUAUUUAUUGAACAGAACAAAAAGGUUUCUCCUACUCAGCCCUGGCAAAAAUAUUUUGUGAAUGGCCUGAGGAACAAAAUCCUGACUCAACGUCUCUCUGAUGACUUUAUAGGAAUGAGUUUUCCUGAAGUUUCCCGGCUCUGCUUUGUGAAGAUGAGACUCAUGCUGAUAGCCAUUGAACAAAAAUCCUUUCUUCAUGGUUGCUGCAGUCUGAUGCUAAACCCACCUGCAGAUGUUAAACUGCGUAAGAACACAUUAGGGUUCUUUAUUGCUGAAUCUUCAAGGGACGUCAUGAGAGCUGCCUUUUACUGUGCCAAAUGUCACAGUGAUAUCUUUAUUCCUGAGCUAAUUGGAAAAUGUGGCUGCAAAACAAAGAUCCGACACUUCCCAGGGACAAUGGUGCUGGUGAGGAGAAAGAGCACAAAGGAACUCUCGGAUUCUACACUGAGUGAUGAUUGGCCAAGGAGACCGGAGAGACUGAGCAAUGUGAGCUUCGCCACCAGGCUUUUUCUGUAUGAACCAGAAUCGGGUUCUGAGCAGCUUGAUGAGAGCGGCAUGUUUCACUGGUGCAAAGCAAUCGCUAUCGACAGGGUGAUUCUGAAACGAAUGGACAGGUCGAAACAUGAGUUUCACAACCAUGUGAUAGCGUGUGUCUUUGGAGAUGCCCACUCAACACUGAUGGGGCUGCGGAAUUUUGUGAUACCCUUGAGAGCCAGCAACUACACCCGGCAGGAGCUGAAGGACAUCGUGUUCAUCGGAAAUUUGGAAUACCUGAAGAGAGAAUGGGUAUUUCUCCGGAAUUUCCCCCGGUUAUACGUUCUUCCUGGAUCUGCACUCUUUCCUGAUGACCUCCGCGUGGCCAACAUAGAGGAAUGUUCCAUGUGUGCUAUCUUAUCCUCCUCACCCAAGGCAGAGAGCAGCCCAGCUUUGGUAGACACAGAGACCAUCAUGGCCACCCUCAACAUUGGAUCACUGCGGAUUAUCAGCCCUUCCCAUUUCCCUGAAGACCCACGGACUUUAGAGUCUUUUGGCGACUUUCCUGAGACCCCAAAAUACCGGAGAAUCCCCAUCCUCACUGAACUGAAAAAUCCUUCCAAUAUCCACUAUAUUGAACAGCUGAAUGGACUGGUUGAAUCCUUUUCCGGGACAGGCCUGCAUCUCAGCACAUCCUUUGCCACAGGCAGUGUCUUUUCUGGCAGCUUCUUGGAUUCCCUCCUGGCCACUGCCUUCUACAAUUACCAUGUCCUGGAAUUACUUCACAUGCUGGUGACAGGAGGGAUAAGUUCCCAGCUGGCACAAUUUUUGGAUAAGAGUUUCUGUGGGCUGAACCAAAGCUGCACUUCGGCUGUGUCUGGAAGAACGCGGUGUAAGCUGGGGCUUCUGUCCUUAAAUGAAACCAUUUUGUCAGACAUUCAACCAAGAAAGACAUUUGGGCAAGUGUUCUGUGGCUCAUUGGAUACGUUUGGGAUCCUGUGCCUUGGUUUAUACCGCAUGAUAGAUGAAGAGGAAAACAACCCAGAACAAAAAAGGUUUGUGAUUACCCGGCCACCCAACGAGUUUAAGCUACUGUCCUCGGAUCUUGUGUUUUGUGCCAUCCCUUACAACACUUCUUGUAACAAAGUGGAAGAUACUUCAUCUCAGAGUACAUACGAAAUAGUAAAUGUGGUGCCACUGGCAUCAGAGACCGUUACAAAUGUAACCUCUUCUCCUUUUGUUGGGCCGGUUAACAAGACUACAAAACAAUCUUUGACUACGUCACUUCAUCAUGUGGAGCCAAAAACUAUUUCCGCUGGUAAUACUAAGCAAACUUUCUUGACUCACAGCAAUAAACUAUCAUCCCAGACAUAUUUAGGUGAAACUGAAACCAUGAGAGAAAAUAAGAAGGAAACAAUGAAGGAAAUCACAGAGAAUGCCCCUGCCUCUUCACAAUCAAACUAGGCCUGUUGAUAUUCUCGACAAGUCUUAGCUUGCUACUUGUAAAGCAUCUCCAGAGAUGGUGACUUUGAACAGGGAAAUGAAAAUGGAAGGAUGCCAUUUUUGUGCCCAUUGCUUAGUGGUUGAUAAGCUAGCCUGCACGGGGGAGAGACAAAAGUCUGAUCUGAUCCCACUGAAUCUAGACUGAUAAAUAAAGAAAUGCAUGAUGAA